AUAUGUUUACACUGCCGUAAUUAGGCUCCAGCGCUCUUUAGCCUAUUUACCGGACUUAGCGUCUUAUUAUCGUCCACCAUGACUACCGGCCAAGCUUCAACUUAGCGACUUAGCCAACUCGAAAACAAAGCGUCAAUCUUCGGUGAUUUCCAGCUAUGAGAUUGAGGUGGAUGAUAUUUUGUCUUCUCUUUGCCAAUUAUGUUGACUGUGUGAUGGAAUUUCCCCCUCUUCCUCAAGGAAAGCCUUACAAUAUAAAAGGCGAAGAGGAUUCUUGGAGUUUAAAUGGUCUUACAAGUAUUGCAAAUGGUAUAGCUUUGACGCUAAGAAAUCAAGCGCCUUACGAAAUCAUUGGAAAUGCCUUAAGUUAUGCACUUGGUAAAGGAGGAAAGUCUCCUGAAAUCUCAGAGGUGAUUGACUAUGAAGUUCCUAUGAUAGUGCUGGCAUCCCUCUCUUUGAUUGCUGCAUUGAUUAUGCCCAUUGUUGGUCUAGUGUUUUGCUGUUGUCGCUGUAGAGGAAAAUGUGGCAGCAUUAUUUAUGAUGAUGAUGAACUCAAACAGCAUCCCACUAAAGAAAGAAUAGGGUACUCUCUUGGAAUCCUUCUUUGUGCAUUUUUACUGAUUGUUUCAGGUGGCUUUAUUUUAGCUUCAAGCAUUCAAAUGAAUGACAGUAUCCCACAUGCAAGAAUGAUGUGGAAUGACUCAUUUAGUGAUGUAAAAAUUUACACAGGCAAUUUACUUCAGGAAAUAAAUCACAUACUACUUCAAGAAGCUGUUCCCACAAUCAACGUUUUGUUUGAUGAAGUUAUUGCAAUGGGAAGAGAUAUAGUUAUCCCCAUAGUACAGGCACCUGUAUUCCAAGAACUCUACUCUUCUGUUAAAGAUGUUGAUCAAGCUGUGACAAAGACUGCACAACUUUUUGGUGAAAUAACAGUUACAAAGUCAUCUCUGAUUUCAAAAAGCAGCCAUAUUCAAAAUGAACUAAUUUCCAUUCAGAAACAACUGGAGGCCAUUCAUGCUGAAUGUGUAAGUAAUGGAGGAGGCAGUUUGUGUGAUGAAAUCCCAUCUGGUAAGGAUGUGGAAACUGAAGCAGACUUCAACAAGGUUCCCAAUGUUACUGAUAGCCAAAACAAAAUAGAGGAUGUGGCAAAGAGUGGUCUUGGAGAUGAUGUUGCAAAGGGUAAUCAGUCUCUUCAGGACAUGGCCGGGAAAGUUCAAAACUUGACUACAAAUUUAACUAAUGAAUUUCAGAAUUUUACAAAAAAAAUAAAUGAUAUGCCAGUGGAUGUUGUGCAGCCUUUUAGAGAUGACAUUAAUAAGUACAUUGCAGAUACUCUGUUUCCAAUUAGAGAUGAUGUAGAUGAGAAGUAUCUUGGUCCAGAUGGUUUGUUAGCCAAAUAUGACAACUACAGGCAUACAGUCUUCAUUCUGAUAGGAGUUCUCUCUUUGUUGGAUGCUCUGCUGUUGAUAAUUGCUGCGGUAAUGGGCUUGUGUGGUUCUUCAAGUUAUGAUACACCCAGCAGUAGAAGUAAUGUUUCACACAAGGGAGGAAAGCUUAUGUUAGGAGCUGCUGGUCUGUUAUUCUUUUCUGCAUUUCUGAUUAAUUUGUUGACUGGUAUCACCUUUCUUUUGGGAACAAACAUAGCUGUUGCUUGUGAUGGCAUACCUAAUUAUAAACUUCUUGAAAAGACUAUAGAUGACCCAACAGUUAUGGGAGGAGAGUACAUGCUGGGUAAAAUGAUCUUAAAAAACGGAACUAUUCCAUUGACAUUGUCUGGAGUGCUUGAGGAAUGUUACAAAAAUGAAGCUCCCUGGGAUGUUCUUAAGAUGGACUAUUUAUUUAAUCUCUCUGUUGUACUUAACUACAAAGAUCAAAUCCCUGAACUGGAUGCAGUGUUUGCUACCCUAAACGAAACUAUUACGGAUACUGAAGUUAUUCCUGAAAAAGCCAAGCAAAGUGUAAAUGACUCGUUGAAUGCUGGAGUGUCAGACAUUAACUACACCCAGUAUCAUGAACAGGUGAAUAAACCUAUAGUUACUGUCCCCUUGCCAUCAUUUGCAUCCAACGUUAGCAAGGCUGCCAAUACUACUAAAGGUCAGGCUUCAGUUAGUAGUAAGUUGGCGAAUGAAUCAAACAAACUGGAUAACCUAGACAAGACGCAUGUAAAACCAGCGGAGAAACAGGCAGAAUAUCUGGGAAAACUUGCAAGUGAUCUUCAGCAAUCGGGAAAAGCAAUACUGACUUCAGGCGCAAGAGUGAUGAAAGGCAUGGAGGAAGUGGCGACCUUUAUACAAGACGAUGCUUUAUCAAUUGCUGCAAGGGGGGUAACAAUGCACUGGGACAGUGUCUUUGGUAAUGUGGAUUUUUUGUUGGACCAUGUUAUUCAUCAGGUCCGAUUUGACAUUGGAAAGUGUAAAAUUCUGUCAAACAUAUACCACGGGUUUACUGGCUCUGUAUGUUCUGAAUACGCAGCCGGAAUGAAUGCCUCGUGGGUAGCGUCUGGUCUGUGUUCUCUUCUACUCCUCGUCUCAAUUAUUCUUUGCGUAAAGGCGUCUAAACAUUUCUUACGGGCGAAAAAGACUGGAGUUUUUGAUAAACAAGAACCAGAAGAUAUGGUUCAAUUGCAGAACUUCGAGGAAAGACCGAUGCAUCAUGCCUAGAAAUGGCUCCCGCUUAGGUGCUUGAGUUAACGAAGUUAUCAUUAACGAAAGAUAAAAAUAUAUGCUUGGUUUUAAAAUUCAAGUUAAAAUGUUUAAAAUGCUAAUUUGUUUAAAUGUUUAGAUUGUUAAAAUGUUCUUUAAGCUUAGCGACGGUUUAACAACUUUCUAAGCCGCCAUUACGGGAACGAAUUUUUGUGGCUCUAAAUGACAGAUAUUCUUUUGAAACCUGUUACGAUUUUUUGUUCAAAUAUUUUCAACUUAAAUUUCUCAUUGAAUAAGAAAUAGCUCACUAUACUUGUUAGGACUAAAACAACAACAAUAAUAAUAAUAAUAACAACAACAACAACAACAACAUGUCGCAAAAAUCCUCUCCCUACCCUCCUGCCUACUUCCACGGAGACUUAAGUAGACUAAAGCCUCUCCCUACCCCCCUGCCUACUUCCACGGGGACUUCCAUUUUUAAAGCCUCUCCCUAACCCCCAGCCUACUUCCACGGAGACUUUAAUAGACUAAAGCCUCUCCCUACCCCCCUGCCUACUUCCACGGAAACUUUAAUAGACUAAAGCCUCUCCCUACCCCACUGCCUACUUCCACGGGGGACUUUAAUAGACUAAAGCCUCUCCCUACCCCCUUGCUUACUUCCAUGGGGACUUAAAUAGACUAAAGCCUCUCCCUACCCCCCUGCCUACUUCCACGGAGACUUUAAUAGACUAAAGCCUCUCCCUACCUCCCAGCCUACUUCCACGUGGACUUUAAUAGACUAAAGCCUCUCCCUACUCCCACGGGGACUGUAAUAGACUAACUAAGCGUUUUCUUAGGCCAGUAUUACCAUUUUAGUGGGGACUUGUUUUCGCGGAUCAUGGAAAAAAACCUUCAAAUUGUCACAAAACACAUCACCAAGGACUAUGCAACUAGGGGUCCUUCUUUCUACUUCUUUUCACACAGUAAAAAUAACCCAUACAGACCUGUUAAUUUCGGUGGAGAAAGUUAAGUGUAAUUUUCUUAAACUUAAGUUAAUUUGCCAAUGGUAAUUUCUUGAUAGAAGAGUGAAUGAGGACUACCAAACUCGUUUUGGCGUCAUCGGCAUGUGAAUCUAAUCACAGAGGAGGGGAGGGGUGUGGUUUAUAGAAUAGUAUAGUGUUGCUAUGAAAACCUUUUCAUUUAAAACGAGCACGCCUAAACUCGUUUAAGAGCCACAAGCAUACGAAUCUGAUAACUAAUAAUGUUUUAUAAAACGUGUUGCUUUGGAAACCUCUUCUACCGGAAAAGUGAUGAUCACGACUCUACAAACAUUCAUUAAAAAGGACUCAAAUGUAAUA